AUGGGACUUGGCGCCAACCAGCUGCUGGUGAGUUCCUUUGCGGACAAGGGGCUGGAGCUGCGGGAGUACUAUGCCGCGGCAUGCGGCCAUUGCCAGGCCUUGGCGCCUGCGUGGAAGGCGGCACAGAGUGCCUACUCGGGCCCGGUCACAUUCCGCCAGAUCGAGUGCAAUGACCAAAACUGGAAUCCGGUUCCAGAGAACGCUGAUCUUUGCAAGGAUGUUCGAGCCUUCCCGACGAUCAAGAUGUUCAAGGACGGUGAGGAAAUCUCCGAUUACGAUGGCAACCGCUCGAGCGAGUCAUUGGUGAACUUUGCGAAAGAUCACGAGAAGCUGCUGACACAAUCGAUGCCAGCCUUCUCUUGCUUGUUGGGGCCACCGCCCACUCGCCGUAGGUCGGCUGCAGACUUCCUUUGA